GUCAGUGUGAUCUUGUCAAUGACUAGAAAUUGACUUUUGAGUUUUGACAUUCGUGGAAAAAAUGGCUGGUGCGCUGACCAGGUUUUUUAAGGGCGCAAAACCACAAUUUGGCAUUGUUGGGCCAUUGGUGAACAGCAAUGCGGUGGCUGUGAGGAACCAACAGACUCAAGCACCACCAGCCAAGACUAGGGGCUCGCCUCUAUCGGACUGUGACAGGGUGUUCACCAACUUGUACGGCCGACAUGACUGGAGGCUGAAGGCUGCAAUGUGCCGCGGCGACUGGUACAUGACCAAGGCUAUUUUACAGAAAGGCAGCGACUGGAUUGUCAAUGAGCUGAAGGUAUCAGGCCUCCGUGGCCGCGGCGGCGCCGGUUUCCCGACGGGUAUGAAAUGGUCUUUCAUGAACAAGCCGUCUGAUGGCCGUCCCAAGUACCUGGUGAUCAACGCUGACGAGGGAGAGCCCGGUACCUGCAAAGACAGAGAGAUUAUGCGACACGACCCUCACAAGUUGGUUGAGGGAGCUUUGAUUGCUGGCCGUGCUAUCGGAGCUCAGGCAGCUUACAUUUAUAUCAGAGGAGAGUUUUACAACGAGGCCAGUAACCUGCAGGUUGCUAUUGCUGAGGCAUACCAAGCCGGUCUAAUCGGUAAGAACGCGUGCGGUUCCGGCUACGACUUCGACGUGUUCGUCCACCGUGGUGCCGGCGCCUACAUCUGCGGCGAGGAGACCGCGCUCAUCGAGUCCAUCGAGGGCAAGCAGGGCAAGCCCAGGCUCAAGCCCCCGUUCCCCGCUGACGUCGGACUCUUUGGAUGUCCUACUACUGUUAACAAUGUGGAGACUAUUGCGACGUCGCCUACCAUCUGCCGUCGCGGCGGCGCGUGGUUCGCGUCGUUCGGGCGGCCGCGCAACCACGGCACCAAGCUGUACAACAUCUCGGGGCACGUGAACACGCCCUGCACCGUGGAGGAGGAGAUGAGCAUCCCGCUCAAGGAGCUCAUCGAGCGCCACGCGGGCGGCGUCAUCGGCGGCUGGGACAACCUGCUGGCCGUCAUCCCGGGCGGCUCCUCCACGCCGCUCAUACCUAAAGACGUAUGCGAGACCGUGCUAAUGGACUUCGACGCGCUAGUAGCGGCGCAGUCCUCCUUCGGUACCGCCGCCAUCAUCGUGAUGGACAAGUCCACGGACAUCGUGAAGGCCAUCGCCCGCCUCAUCAUGUUCUACAAGCACGAGUCCUGCGGACAGUGCACGCCCUGUCGCGAGGGUGUCUCCUGGAUGAACAAGAUCAUAUACAGAUUCAUUGAUGGCAACGCGUCGCCGAAGGAAAUCGACAUGUUAUGGGAGAUCUCCAAACAGAUUGAAGGCCACACGAUCUGCGCGCUAGGCGACGGCGCGGCGUGGCCGGUGCAGGGCCUCAUCCGUCACUUCCGGCCCGAGCUGGAGCGGCGCAUGGCGCAGUACGCCUGCACCUACGGGCCCAGCAAGGCCGAACGGCUGCACUAACUCACUACUGCGACACUACAACACUACUUAGCUGACUUACACUACAUGCCGGGAAAAUAACUUGACCAAUCCAUUCUCGGAAUACAGGAUUCCUUCAUGACCGUUUUGGGGGGGGGGGGGUUAAGGAAUCUAUUCGAUCUAGCAACAAAGUCUUUUAGACUAUUUCCGUGAUGUUUUCUACUGUAACAUUGGUUUGAUCAAGUUGUUUGCUUCAUUAUCGUUGUGUUGUAUAUAUAUCGGUAGUGUUGCUCGUGUUGGAGAUAGGGAAUGAUUCCACAGAUACUUAUACACACGGAUUGUGAGUAGUGUGUACAUGGAGAAACUAUUGCCAACGUAGCUGGUAUUAACAGCAGAACAACAUAUUUAUUACAUAAUAAAACAACAAAUAAAUAUAGCAAUAAAUACAUUUGCUCUCGGAAGAGGUGAAA